CAGAGCAGGAUGGUAUCCCCAUCACUUCUCCUGUACGUUGACAGGUCAGGUAGGAUGCCAGCCGUCUUGUUUCCAUUGGGCUUGAAGUGGUUAAUUCCUGUGUUUUUGUCAGCAAGCGAGCAGCAGAGCACACACCGAGAAGGAGAGCACGUCUUGUGAAAUCCAUCAAAAUCGUCGGGAGGCUCGACCACAAACGGUGUGUGGUGCGAAGCCUCAGCUCAUGUUCAACGAGCAGCCGCUCCACUUGAGCACUGGAGCGUAGCCGCGGCCUUUCAGUCGCGCCCGGCCACGGACUGAAUGCAAGUCCUGUUCCUGCUUUGUGAACACUCGCUCGGCACGACCGUCGCCGAGCUGUUGCAGGAGAAUCGUAUGAGGUGUUAAAAGUUGAGACUUAGUCAGGUUUUAACUUUGUAAAGGUGGCACUCGGUUGACCUCUGCUCUUUGAGCUGUGUAGCGUUGUUUUACGGCAGCUCGCGGGGGUCACUCAAGUUCACCGCUCCCCGUAGUUCAAAGCCCGGUUCCACUUUAUUUUCUCCACUGCAGCCUUGCUGUUUGAUAUGUGCACUUAUUAUUUAUAUACGUUUAAAAAAAACAAUCAUCCCACAUUUGGUUUGCACUGUUUAUGAUGACUGUUAUUAUGAGCUUGAACGUGUGUUGACCUUGGACAUAGUAGCUCAACAGUCCUUUUUUUUUUUGCAUACAGAGUUUGCUCAGUUGUCAUCAUCUGUAUUAAACUCUGGUCACGUUACUAAAUGUGUCAUGUAAACGGGUCAUGAAUGUGUCUCAACUCUGAAGAAGUGGAGUUGAACAAUGAAGCUAGUCAGCAGACGUUGAGUUAUUUAAUUUUUUUUAUUAGUCCAACUCUUGCAUCAGAGUUUUGAAAAUGUCCUCCAGGAGGAGCUGGGUGACGGAUCACAGCAGACAUCCCGUAACAGCCUUACGUACGAGUGUAAACUGGUUCUGCACAAGCCUCUUCCAGCAAAGAAAGAAUGGUUGCGAAGCUUCCGGUUGCUUUGUGUUUCCAAUGUGCAUUGUCAGAAGAAUAUUACUCAUUGUGCUGGCCUUUUGAUAUCCGUGAUGUCACUCAUUUAAAGCCUCGACACUCCCACACAGUGAGGAAAUAGUUCCCGCUGCUCGCAUUGUCCUGCUGUACCACAUUCUCCGUAAGCAGAGUGCAUGUUUUGCAUCGGUCUCGCGUCUCUUCCAAAGAGGGAGGCGUUGUCACUGGAAAGCACAUAAGGUCAAAGGUGCCGUGCUGGCUCAGCGGCCCAACGCCGAUGCUUGAUGUCGAACUGUGGCGAGACAUGCGAGCUGCAAACCCCCCCCCACACACACACACACACACACACACCGACAGACGGUUUGAUUCUAAUACAGGAAAUAAAAAUGAAGCAUCACUGUUGUAGCAGUAACUGCAGCUGAGUCAGAGUUAAUAAAAAUAAAAAACAUCGUAGAGGCAGAGUUGCACAUUUAAAUGCGCUUCAGGAUUAUUAUAUGUAUUUGAUUGUGUUACACACACACACGCAGUCUUGUGAACGUGAUGUACAAAUACAAGGGUUACGGUACAGGUCACGCCUCUUUGCUUUUCCUGUUAAUUUAAAAACCAUGUAAUAUGAUGGUUUCACUUCAACUCAAGUUCACUCAAAGUAUCUUUUUAAAAUUCAGAAAGUUUUAAUUUGAACCUCUCUUUAGACUUCAGUUUAGUUUUUACUCAAGCUAGAUUAAAUGUUAUUUUUCUAAUUCUAAUUCCAAACUUUAAGCUCCACUUUGCAACAUGUGAUUCAGUAUUCAUUUAAAAAAAACUUUUUGUGCUUUUGUCUGUUUUUCGGCUGAUUUGGCCAUACGUCUCCAUUAAUUUGGUUAACCAGUUUUUGUUGUUUUUCUCAAAGGAGCAGAAAUUAUUAUUUAUUAGCUUAUUUGCCAUAAACCAUGAGUAACGUUAGCAAACUGACUUUUAGUUCAAUAGCAAACAAUGUAAUGUUCCGUUAAGGAAUACAGAGCAGUCGAAAGUUAAGCAUGCAAAUGUCUUUAUUUGUUGAAUAAAAGCAUACUUUUCUUUCUCAUUUUGGUCAAAUAAUCUUAGAUUACAAUAAUCCUCGUUGGUGCAGCCCAUACAAAAUGUCAUGUUAAAUUAAUUAAUCCAGUUAGUGUAUUUUUGUUUUGACAAUUCUACCAGUUCUCCAACACCAUCCCUAUUGUGGUUGUCCUUAUGGCCGUGCGUGGAUGAAUCAUGGGAAGUCAGCUUUCAACAAGUGAUUCGUGAGCACUGCAGAAGGCUUCAUGUCCCGACGAAACGUCUCCAAAACAAACUCACAGCGGCCAGCGAUCUCCAGCCUGCAGCGCGCUUCCUGUCCUGGACGGACUGUGUGGCAGUCAGAGGGCAAAAGGAGCCUGUUUGCCAGGAGGGUGAAGGACAGUCGGCCGGUGGAGCAGAGGGACCCCGGGUGGAAGCUGUUCGGGAAAAUCCCGCCGCGGGAGGGCGCCAUCAAGGACCCGACGAGAAUACAGAAGGAAUAUGAAACAAAGAGUGGCAGAGCUGGACCUGGCAACCCGACCUCUCCCAGGCAGGGUGUGAGGAAAAACCUGGACUUUGAGCCGCUUUCCACCACCGCACUCAUACUGGAGGACAGGCCUGCUAAUCUGCCUGCCAAGCCAGCUGAGGAGGCACUGAAACACAGACAGCAGUAUGAGGAGAUGGUGGCCCAGGCCAAGAAGAGAGAGUUGAAGGAGGCUCAGAAGAGAAAGAAGCAGCUGGAGGAUCGCUGCAAGCUCGAGGAGAGCAUUGGCACCGCCGCCCAGAUCUGGAACCAGGAGAUCCUGCCUAACUGGAGUGCAUUGUGCACUUCUCGACGAGUGAGAGACCUCUGGUGGCAGGGCCUCCCCCCCAGCGUGAGAGGCAAAGUGUGGAGCCUGGCCGUGGGCAACGAGCUCAACAUCACACAUGAGCUGUACAGCAUCUGUCUGGCCCGGGCCAAAGAGAAGUGGAGCAGCACGUCGGCACAUUCCUUAGAGACCGAACCUGAAGAUCCCGGUUCGUCAGAUCGGGAGUCGAGUCUGGAGCUGAUCAAGCUGGACAUCUCAAGAACCUUCCCCCAUCUGUGUAUCUUCCAGCAGGGCGGGCCAUAUCAUGAUGUGCUGCACAGCAUUCUGGGAGCAUACACUUGUUACAGGCCAGACGUUGGCUACGUGCAGGGGAUGUCGUUCAUCGCAGCAGUGCUGAUCCUGAACCUUGACACAGCCGACGCCUUUAUAGCUUUUGCCAACCUGCUCAACAAGCCCUGUCAGAUGGCCUUCUUCAGAGUCGACCACAGCCUUAUGUUGACUUACUUUGCGGCAUUUGAAGUGUUCUUUGAAGAAAACCUACCAAAGCUCUUUGCACAUUUCCAGAAAAACAACUUGACGCCCGAUAUUUAUCUAAUUGACUGGAUCUUCACCCUGUACAGCAAGUCCCUGCCGUUGGACCUGGCUUGCCGGGUGUGGGACGUGUUCUGCAGAGACAACGAGGAGUUCCUGUUCCGCACGGGGCUGGGCCUGCUGCGUCUCUACCAGGACGUCCUGACCACCAUGGACUUCAUCCACAUGGCUCAGUUCCUCACCCGCCUGCCCGAAAACCUCCCCGCCGAGCAGCUCUUCCAGCACAUCGCCGCCGUUCACAUGACCAGCCGGAAUAGGAAGUGGGCGCAGGUCCUGCAGGCGUUACAGAAAGAUCCGGAGCGAGGCAGCCCGGUGCUAAAGCGCUGAGCUAUCGCACGUUACUGGACUCAACCAGUUCUCCCCUCCAGCCCUCUGUGUGUGUGGGGGGGCGGGGUGGGGGGUACUGGACCCUCAGCAGGCUGCAUGGACCUGAGAAAGAACUUCUAAGCUCAGCGGGACUCAUUUGGUAGUUGCCGCUGUGAUAAACCUCUUCCCCAGAGCUGCGUCACUGCUCCAACAGGAACCAGGACUCUAGAGGGGGGGUUUAUCAGUGAUGGUGAUGAGGGUGGGCUGUGAAAAGGAAUACGAGGCCUUAUUUAUCUCCCACCACCCCUAAAGAAUGUAUCAUACACUCCCACAUUCAGCAGGCGGACCCAGGUCUGCACAGACCAGAGGAACCCACAGAGGAACCCACAGAGAAACCACUCCUCUUAGACUCCGUCUAGCUGCAGUUCCACUUGUCUUUUCUUUAAAUGUGGCUACUUCUUCCAAUUUCUAUACGUUCCAGUCAGGGAAGUAAUGUCUUCAAAUGAAUCUCCAGAGUCAGACGUUUGAAGUGUUGAAAUAUGUGAAGUGGAACUUCAGCUUGUGUCUCUGUUUCUAAAUCUCUUUGUUUCUGCACUUAUUUUCUCAGUCAUUCCUUCAGUUUGAUUUCAUCCUUGUGUGCUUUUCAUUUGUGUGUUUAUUUUUCUCCAGUUGGUUCAGAUUUAGUUUCCUGAUCCACUCCAUGAAGUCAACUUGUCGUUGCUCUUUGGGCUAAAAAAACCCAUGAAAUGGAUAUCCUGUGUCUCUGAGAGCUCCAUUUGUUUUUAAGAGGUCAUGAGCCGCCUGUAAAAUGAGUUUUACACUUUCUAUGUAUGUCAAUGAAACUGGCGUAAAUGAUGCUGCUGUUGGACACAGACUUCCCUUAAAGUUAAAGGUACAUUUCAGCUUGUUGGUGUUCCGAUGCCUGAGUGUGACGUCUUUUAAAAUGUAUUUAUUUAAUAUUUAUCAAGAGGACACAAAUGAAGGGUUCUCUCUCCAGCCCAGCAUACACUUGAUAUGAGCAACUCGAUCGCUAAUGAAAGGAGUAGUCGUCAUCGGCUGGAAGGAGCCGCUCGGCUUCGGUCUGUAUCCAUGGCCGAGCGUUACCUGUAGUUUGUGCGGUGCGUCUGUUUUAUUUUUUAAUUUUUCUACAGCCUCGUGACUCCACGAUUUCACCCUUUUUUUUUUAGCACAGUUUCGCUUCAUGUUUUUGCUGCCUCCUAAGGAGACCGCUCCACAGAUGAAAACAGGUGGCUAGUUUUGCUUUUGUUUGUUUUGGAUUGCAGAUUCUUACUUCCUGUCAUGUCGAACACAAUGUGUAUGCCAGCGGUCGCCCGGCCCUCGGCUGUAAAGGUCACAAGUCGAGCUUUGUGGCCGCCGCCUUCACACACACUGUGGUUAGGUGUCACUUUUGACAUCACUGCUGGUUGAGCAUUGUGUUGAUGAGUGAGCACAGCCAGACAGUGAAGUACAUGAAGCUUAUUGAUAAAUCUGUUGAUUACGACGGCCCAUUGUAGGUCAAGAAGAAAUGAAUUAUGGAGCCAGGAGAGGGCCGGUAAAAAUCACAGAAAUGUAUAGGGAAAACGCUUGAAUAUUGUCUGAGAUUAAAAUGGUUAAUUUACAAGAAGAGAUAAUGAAUGUUUUUCUUUGGCCAGUUUACCUCCAAUGUCUCUUCAAAGACCGGAUGCUUAUGAUGUUGUGGGUAAAAAGUAUGAGUAUUUCCUCCUCGCUAAAGGCAAAGUAUAAUUUGAUUGUUUCAUUUACCUCAGGCAUAAUGAGUCUUUAAUGCACCAAAUAAAUCAAUCAAAUGUA